ACGCACGCGCAAACAUACAAUGACAUGGUUGUGGUGACAGACACAGAUGAGUUAAGAUUUGUUUGUAAGAUAUUGCUGUGUUCAUCUGUGUAACUUGCUUUUAAAAGUGAUGUUUAUUCUUUAUACUUAAUCAAAGAAGCAAAACUACUACAGUAAAAACCGUUUUUUAGCUUUACAUGACGUCUGUGGUAAGACAAGUUGGCGUCAAGUUUAAAAUAUCUGGAUCUACGCAUGCCAUGCCGUCUUGUGAGUGGAGUAGACGGCGUAACACAACGAUGAAAGAUGCAAACAUUUUUACUAUAAAUGUCAGAUUUCUAACCAAUGCGACGGACUGAUUAUAAUUUAGGUGAUUUGAGAAUAUUCGCGUGCCUUCCUUCAUUUAUGUUGGCAAAGAGAAAUUACUUCAUAUAAGAGACGCAACGCAUCCCUGAGAAGUCACAGAAAGCCUUAUAAAGAUGUAUCGUGUUUUUUGGGACACAAUAUUCAUUCUCACAGGCUCUCUUUUCACGUUUGGCCAGGUGCAAGAGAAUUCUACCUCAACCACGACUAUUGCAACCACCAUAACGACCACCACCACCAUCAGGACCACAACGACCACCACCAGCACAACGACUACAUCUACCACUACACGCGUCAGAAAGUUUAUAGCAGCUGCAGUUCACUCUCACUUCGAUGACUGUCCCGACUCCCACAGCCAGUUCUGUUUCCAUGGCACGUGCCGCUUUCUCAUCCUGGAGGAGACGCCUGCGUGUGUGUGUCACUCUGGCUUCGUGGGUAUGCGCUGUGAACAUGCAGACCUCUUGGCAGUGGUGGCGUCCAACCACAGACAGCAGACUGUGGCUACCAUGCUGGUGAUGUGCGUGGUGGGCAGCGUACUGCUCAUGCUACUCUGCACUUUACUAAAUUGUUGGUGGAGACGCGGAGGUUGCUGGCGAGCUAACACCAUCAUGUGUUGGUCGGAGAAGCCUAGGAGUAUUCUGACGAGUGGGACCUCCUGCUGUCCCUCAGAAACAGUGGUUUGACAUGCGUUUUCUGGAGCCCACACGUUUGCUCAAAAUGUUUCCUGAGAAAUGUUUCCUCGGAAAUGUUUCCUCAAUAUCUCCCACCUUAAACCUGGACCAAACCGUAGCUAAGCGCAACAAAUAUUGAGAGCAUUUCGAUGUGACCAAUGGGAGAAUGCGAACCAAAAGUGGAACUCUUGCAUUCAGACAGUCUUUUCAAAAAGGGUUUUUGGAACCACAACUGCAAAAACUAAACAAAGAUGGAACUCAAAACCUGAGAACACUGGCAGAAGAACUCGGAAAGACUUAACUUGGAACUCAACUACAUGUUUUUAUGUUUUUACUCCUAAUGGAAGAGGUAAAAACUGACCACAUAGUGAAGAUUCAGGGUAUAGUGAGGUAGAGACAGGGCCAAUUUAAAAAAAUCAACGGAACAGCUGGUUUGGAAAAAACUAUAAGCAAAUUUUUAGAGAAAUUAUCAUUACUAAUAGAGUUUGAGAUAAAGCUAAAUCCUUCUAGAUGUUUAAGAUCCCUCAAAAUUCUCCCUUUUUUUUGUCUUUUAAAAUACCAUAAUUGUACAGUAUAUAAAAACACUAUUUUGUAACAUGGCAUAAUGGGAUGUAAAACACACUAAAGAGAAGUUUAAGAUACAGUUUUUAAUAUCACAUUUUAUCACAUGUCUUUGUUAAAGAAUGGGAGAUGAUUCCAAGACCUUUGUUAACGUUAUUGUCUUGGAAAAUGUGUUUCAUUUCAUUUGAGUAUUUUGGACAGUCAGGCAGCAAGUAUUAGACCUACUGUAGCCUUUGCCAAUUUCUUUUAACUUGAUCUCUUUAUCAUAAUGAUAAAGAACCAGAGAUUAACAGCAAACAUGAGAGACAAAAGCUGGCGUUGGAGGACAAAUAAUAUGAACAUUUUUACCAUAAAGAAAUUCAGUUUUUAUGCUUUUAUCAAAGCUAUUGAAAUUGCAUGCUGUUAUUUAAAAAACAAACACAUCUACGACAUGUAACUUGAAAAGUUACGCAUAUAUUCACAAAUCUCACACAAUAUCUUCAUGCACAAAUAGUGUGUUUGUUUGCAUAAUAUGGAGUGCUUUGUUGUAAGGUGUGUGUCAACAUGGUAAGGUUUGUGAACUGAAUUUAGCACUGGUAUGACAUCAAGAUUACAAUAUAAUCUGGAUAUUCACUUUGGGGAGAUUGGGUGCAUGUAUGAUCACAUAAAUUCACAUUUUCCCUGUUGUGGCACACAUGCACAUACAGAGCCUCAUAUGUUAUGGUAACUAAACAGGCAAUUAUUAAUGGUAGUAUAAACAGAUUGAUACAUUACCCUUAUCAACAGAUUAUUAUGCAAGAUGGAAGCUUUUACACACAAAUAUUUUAAACCAUUUGUUAAUUUUGUUCUUCCGUCCACAAGCUUUUGUCAAUAAUCUCAUGUUUGACCCCUCUGGAAGGUAUUUCCCAGUGUAGGGACAGAAAUGUUUGUAAAGCAUUACUAUGCUAUGUUUAACAACUACAGAGUUGUCAAAAUAGAAAAUUUGCCACUGUGUUCGCUAUUCAAUCAACCAUCUUUCAGGCGAAUCUUGUCCAACAGUGAAAACGUAAGUAAUAUUUUGGCCUGUUUGGAGUUGGCCAUGUUCAUGUCAUGUUUAGAUGCUAUAAGCCAGUGAUGAAGUUUUGUAAGAAUGUACAAGAUGACCCUUGAGUUCGGCCUAUAGGCUUUGGUUGAAAUGUAUGUUUCAAUGUUUAUUUGUUUAUAAUUUGGCUGAUCCUAGAAUGCCACUUAAUAUUAAUGAAUCAUUUGAUUUAUAUAAACUAAACUGGAUUGAUUUAAUGAUAAGAAAUGAAAAUUAAAUGAAAAGAGUGAAAAGUGGCUAUGAUGACAUUAAAUAAGUGUUAAUGUACUGAAGAUAAAAUGUAAUUUGUUAUAAUCAAAUCACUAACUUUAUUUUGGUUGGUCUGUAUAAAGAUACUUUUUGUUUCGUUCUAACAUACAGUCAUUGCAUAAUUUCCAGACAUGGAAUUUCAGUCAUCCGUGAUGACAGCAAAGAUGAUGUUCAGUGUUUCAUCUCUUGCUUUGUUUAAACUGAAUCCCAUUAAAUACUUGCUCUGGUUUACUGUUUAACAUAACAUCUAUACAAUAUAUAUAUAAUUCAUUGUCAGCAAAUCUUUGUUUAAAUGCUGUUGUUUAAUUUAUCAAAGCUUUGUGAAUAAUGUGGGAAUGUUGUUUUGAUUGUAUGUGGAUAUGGACUCAAGCAUGCAAAGGUAUUGCAAUUGUGAAGGGUGGGUGAUUUCAGUAUGGCUGAGUGUGUUCAAUCUUUAAGUUUGCAUAAUUUUCCAAAUAACACAAAGUGCUGCAGAUUUUUGAGUUGUCGUGAUUUUUUUUCCAGCUCAUUAUGAUCCUUUUACAUUUGUGCGUUCAGCAGAUGCUUUUAUUUAAGGAGAUUGUGAAUCAAACCCAUGACCCUGGCAGUCAUGCCCUACCAUUUGACCUAUAGGAAACAUAAUAAUCAACUCAUAAUUCGUUUUCUAUUCUUUUCCUCUUUGCCAAGUUAUCCUCUCCAUCCAUGUGUAUCCUCCAUCUUCUGAAUAUUCCAACAGCUGCAAAUAUAAAACAAGACAACCUUGGGCACUGCUGAACAAAGAGUCUGCUGCCAUAGUGCUCUUUUUGCUAGAGGAAAUGCUUGGCUUCUUUUACUCUGCUAUUUAUUUAUUUAUUUGUUUGUUUGGCUAAAUCUUUUGUGAGAUGAGGAGAAGGCCACUAGAGAUCGGAGCAGAAAGGAAUUUAGUUCGUGCAUGAAUGAGCACAUGAUGUAAAGUGAAUGCUUGGUGGACAUUGUGUGAAUAUUUUAUAUACUUGUUUGUCGUCAUCAAUCUUUGCCCUUUCUGCAUCAAUACUCUCCCCAUCAUUCAAUUCAUAGUGGUUAUUUAUUUAUUUUUGAAUUAGUUUGUUUCAAGUUGUCUGCUUCAGAAUCUUUGCCAAGAAUUUUGCUCGCAUGCCCGUGUGCCCCAUUUCCAUUGAUAUGAUCUUUAUUUCUCUUCCCCCCUCUUAACGUCUCUUUACUUCAAUUUCCUCUCCCUUUCUUUUCCCUGCCAUGACCCUCUGUUGUUGGGUUUGCCAAUCCCAUUAAAGGUUUCAAUUGGAUUGCAGAACAACCCCUCAUAGCCGGCGGGCUGAGCCUCUAAAGCCAGCUUUGUUUUAAGCGCACUGCUUGAGGGAAUUCCCAAAAGAAACACAAUAAGCUUAUAAAAUUGAAAUAGAAGCACAAAAGCACAGAUACAUUCCAGUUGUGUUGAAAAUCUCCUGGGGAAACACCCAGCGAAUGGUAAUUUUGUAAAGGAUGUGCACAUGCAGUCUAUGAAAUGUGUUUGCCCUCAUUGUCAAAUCUUUUUGUCAAAUCCACACAUUGUAGUGUGGAGAAAGACACCGAAAACAUGAGUAUGAAACAGCCAUGUCCUAUAGUGAGAUAACAAUGUGUACAAUAAAAUAAUUCCCAAUUUAUGUAUUUUUUAUUCACAAAUGUAAACAUCUUAAUUGGUUUAUUUAAUUAAAUUAAUAAAUUCAUCAUAGAUAAUAAGACCCACCAUCAGGGUUGCCAGGUCUAAGCACAAUGGGGCUGCAAAUUUUUUUUAAACCUUUGUUAGAUUUUGUUUAUCCACUGUCUUAAGGUCAAAUUAUUUAUGAAAAAGUAAUGAAAACCGUUAAGUUAAAAGUUAAUGUAAACAGUUUGUUUAUAAUUACUACUAGAAAUUGUGCUGUAAUGCAUAGCAGUUACUGUAAAAUAUAUUUUAGGUAUGGGAGUGACAUGUUUUGGGCAGGGGUCACUGCGCUGGUUUUAUGCAGAUCUGGCAACACGGCCAACCAUACACCUCCAAGGUGAACUCCACAUAAUUACAAAUAUAACAGUUAUUGUGUAAAUUUAACAUGAGGAAUGGGCAAUUCCACUUAUGAAUGUGACAUUUCGAUCAAAACUUGAAAUGUUAAUUCUUCGAGAAUGUAUUUAUUACUAAUAUAUUGAAAAAUAUGUUUAUAUUUUUCUAACCCCCUGACGACAUGUUCCAGGCAUCAGAGACAUAUUAGUCUUUACACAGGUUUUCUAUUUUAAAAGAGGGAGAA